GCAUGUUAUAUGGCGGUGUUUUUGUGCCAUUUGCUGAUAAUAACCAUUGAAUUGUGUUUCAUUUACAAAAAAAUACGUGUUUUGUUUUGUUUUUUCGUGUAGAUAAAAAACUGUUUGCAUAUUUGCUUGUUUGACUUCUUGCCGGAUGGCAAGUCUAGAGCGAGUGUAUUUAACGUAUCAAUUGUUACACAAAUAUUAAGGGCUCUAUUGUGGAACAAGACAGAGAAACCCAUGAACAUUUAAAAUAGAUUCAGUUAUUAAAUAUCCGUCCACGAAUGUCUUCACAAAAGCUUCGUUCUUAAUAGGAUUUAAUUUAUGCUCAAUAAACUUGCGACAUAUUUGCGGAUCAGCGGAAAACAAUUAGUCGUGUAAAAAAGUACAAGAAAAUAAUAAAGUCGAAUGCUGUGUUUUGUCUAAGGAAAAGAAAAUACUCAUAGAUAAAAGGAAUUAAUACAGCUGAUUUACACAACAACGAGUUGAAGUGAACAAAAAGGACUAAAUCUUGUUUGAAUUAGCUGUCCAUAGAGGUUCAAAACUUUUUGUUAAAAAUUGGAAACACACAGACACAGACACAGACACAGACGAAGACAUGUCAGAAACGGCUUCAUUUGAAAUGGGCUCGGUGGAUCGACCCAACCGCUUCCAAGUGAAUCCUGUAAACCAUCAAAAGAACAACAACGACAACGAAAACCGCAAAUCACACGCCUCUUCGGCCGACCCAGACUCGGAUGGACCGCACGAAGUUUACCGCCGGCUGACCAACAUCGAGGGAGACCUUCUCGAGGACGACAUUUUCGAUGCGACACAGUUGCUGAACAAACAACAGCCCCGGCAACAGAGGCCGUCCAUCAAGAGCAGUUUUCGCGACAAGGAUAAACCGUCGCGAUUUAAGGAUAUGCAGACAACAACACGUUUUCAAGUGGAACCACAAAACGAGGAAUCUGAUUCGAAUGAUUCACAAGAGGAUCGCGAACUGCUGGACAAUGAAUACGACACAAAAUAUGCAAAAAGCUUUAGGCACUUUACGCGUGAGGCACUGCCACGCCUCGAUAAUUAUCGCAACAUGAUGUCAAUACAGGCCGCCUACCGCCCCACGCUCGAUGAACUGCAUAAUGCAACUCUGACUGGAAAAAACACGCACAGCCUACAACGUAAUCAGGAUUUAGAGUCGGGCAAUAUGAAUGGCAUGCUGAAAUUCGGUUGGAUCAAAGGUGUACUCAUUCGAUGCCUGCUCAACAUAUGGGGUGUAAUGCUGUUUCUGCGCCUCAGCUGGGUCGUGGGACAGGCUGGCAUCAUCGAGGGUUUUGUAUUAAUACUGACAACGACUGCUGUCACGACUAUCACGGCGUUGUCAAUGUCGGCGAUAAGCACCAACGGUGUCAUCAAAGGAGGUGGCACCUACUACAUGAUAUCCCGUUCCCUUGGCCCCGAAUUUGGUGGCUCUAUUGGCCUGAUUUUCUCACUCGCAAAUGUCGUUGCCUGUGCGAUGUAUGUGGUCGGUUUCUGUGAAUCGAUGCAGGCCAUGAUGUCGAGCAUGGAUCUGAAAAUUGUUGAUGGUGACAUCACGGAUGUUCGCAUCGUUGGCAGCGUCACCAUUUUACUUCUACUCAUCAUAGUUGUUGUCGGCAUGGAAUGGGAGGCCAAGGCACAAAUCGGCCUGCUCGUCAUUUUGCUGGCUGCGAUUGCUGACUUCCUCAUUGGCAGCUUUAUUGGUCCCAAGAGCGAGGAGGAGAAGGCCAAGGGAUUCCUUGGGUACAAUGCCACAUUAUUCCAAAUGAAUCUGUUUGCGGACUACCGUAAGGAGGAUGAUGUCCAGCAUGAUUUCUUCUCCGUCUUUGCGAUAUUCUUUCCCGCUGCAACAGGCAUUCUGGCGGGUGCCAACAUCUCUGGCGACUUGAAGGACCCCCAAAAGUCCAUACCCAAGGGUACAAUCUUGGCCAUAGUCCUCACAACAGGCACUUAUCUGCUCAUGGUCGUCGUCUGUGGAAGCGUUGUGGCCCGCGAUGCUACCGGCAACUUGACCGACAUUGUCAACGGGUCGUAUGAGUUUCUCAACUGCACAAUGGGUGAAUGCGACUUUGGGCUGCAGAAUUCAUUCCAGGUAAUUGAGUUGGUCUCUGGUUUCGGACCUCUCAUCUAUGCUGGUUGCUUUGCCGCAACAUUGUCGUCAGCAUUAGCCAGUUUGGUGUCCGCACCAAAGGUCUUUCAGGCACUGUGCAAAGAUGAAUUGUAUCCAAAGAUCGUGUGGUUUGCCAAAGGCUACGGCAAGAAUAAUGAGCCAGUUCGAGGCUACGUUUUGACGUUUAUCAUUGCAACGGCCUUUAUCCUCAUAGGCGAACUCAACUUGAUUGCACCACUCAUCUCUAAUUUCUUCCUGGCCGCCUACAUGCUAAUCAACUUUAGUACAUUCCAUGCCAGUCUGGCUAAGCCCGUGGGCUGGCGACCAACUUUCAAGUAUUAUAAUAUGUGGCUGAGUCUGUUGGGCGCCGUGCUCUGUGUGGCGGUUAUGUUCCUGAUUUCCUGGGCCACAGCUCUCAUCACGUUCUGUGUGGUGCUGGCGUUGUACUUAAUUGUUGCAUAUCGCAAGCCAGAUGUCAACUGGGGAUCCACAACUCAGGCGCAGACCUACAAGAAUGCACUGAUGUCCGUGCAGCAGCUGAACAAUGUGGAGGAUCAUGUUAAGAAUUAUCGGCCGCAGAUUCUGGUCUUGUCCGGAUUGCCCAAUACACGACCUGUCCUGGUUGACUUUGCGUACAUGUUGACCAAGAAUCUAUCGCUGUUGGUGUGCGGACAUGUGCUGAAAGGAUCUGGUUCGCAAAAGUAUCGCAAUUACCUUAAGGAGCGCGCCUCGAACUGGUUCAGGAAACAUACUGUCAAAGGCUUCUAUGCGCUGGUCGAUGGCGAGGACUUUGAAGGAGGAACUCGGGCUCUCAUGCAGGCCACGGGCAUUGGCAAACUGAAGCCUAAUAUUAUUCUGAUGGGCUACAAAUCGGACUGGCAGACUUGUGAGCGCAAGGAGCUCGUGCAGUAUUUCAAUGUCAUGCAUAAGGCUCUGGAUAUGUAUUUAUCUGUGGCCAUAUUACGUGUACCCCAAGGUCUGGACUGCUCUCAGCUGCUGGGCUCACCCGAGGGUAUUUGGUCAACUGCAGCUAACAAUCUAGAUGUGCCACGCACUUUGCAGCCCAAUGAGAGCUCCGGCGACUUGCAGGCAACUGAGCACAGCGCCAGGAACGUUCUCAGUGGCAGCGUGGACUCCCUAAGUCGAAAUGUCUCCCAAGCCAAGAAUUUGGGCCUGAAAAUAGUCAAAACUUCUAGCACCAGUGACUUAUCCUUUAUUGCCGGCAAUCAAACAAAGGAUGUUUCAGGUGUGCCCGAUCCCUUGGAAGUUAAGGCCGCCAUUGAACAGCCAAACGCAAUAAGGAAAUCGAAGAAGAAACACGAUGAUCCCGUCUCACUCUACCGAGGUCCAGGUGGCGUCGAGUUGCCCAAGGACGUGCUGGCUGAUUUGACGCAAUUUACGCGAAAACGCAGCCAUGCCAUCAUCGAUGUCUGGUGGUUAUAUGACGACGGAGGACUCACUUUGCUGCUGCCUUACAUCAUAAGUACGAGGCGCACCUGGCAAUCAUGUAAAUUGAGAGUUUAUGCAUUGGCCAACAAACAGGCGGAAUUGGAGUUCGAGCAGCGAUCCAUGGCCAGUUUGCUGUCUAAGUUCCGCAUUGACUACUCGGAUCUAACUCUGAUACCGGAUAUUACCAAGAAGCCGCUGGAAACAUCCACGCAAUUCUUCAAUGAACUUAUCAAGGAUUUCAUGGUGGCCGAAAAGGAGAAUGGCAGCAAAGCCACACUCAUCGAGGAUGAAGCUCUCAUUAGCGAAGAUGAUCUGCUGGCUGUUGUGGACAAAACAAAUCGUUAUCUGCGUAUUCGCGAAUAUUUGCACGAGCAAUCAACGAACUCGGAUCUCGUCGUCAUGACGCUGCCGAUGCCCCGCAAAAACAUCGUCUCAGCGCCCCACUACAUGGCCUGGCUGGAGAGUCUUAGCCAGAAUAUGCCACCAUUCCUCUUUGUGCGAGGCAAUCAGACGAGUGUGCUCACAUUCUAUUCGUAGUCAAGAGAAUCGACGUUUUAAUUAACCAUAGACAAAAACUCACUUUUAUUGUUACGCGUAGUUAAAUGAGCACACGAUUUUUACCAUUAUUCUAGUUAUACCAUAAAUGUAUUUAUAUUUGUAUUUAUACUAAUACUUAUGUUUAUAUAGGCUACCCGAAAUCACACGCAAACCGAAUCCCAAACGCACGCGAGAACAUUAAAUGUUAUACAGAGUUGUAGACA